AUGACCGGCACAACAACAAUAACAGUAUACCAAGCGUACCCAUCCACCAUCGCCACAGCCGCCGUCACCUCUCAGAGGCUCGAUGCCUCCCCAGACUUCCGCACCACCCGUAUGACCUGGAUCAAGCCCAGCUUGGCCUGGAUGCUCUACCUGUCCGGCUAUUCUUACAAGGACCCCGGCCAGGAGCGGAUACUGGCUAUCAAGAUGAAGCGGGAGGAUUUUCUGGGGUUGUUGGGAAGGGGGGUUUUGACUCAUGGUCCGGGUACUACUAUUUCUGCUGCUGCUACAAAUAUUAGUUCGGGAUCACGGCAAAGGGAGCAGCAGCAGCAGCAGCAGCAGGGGGAAAUGGCAAGUGACUCUCAAGGUGGGACAUGCAUGGAGAGAGACCUGGGAAAUAAGACGUUCAAAGAUAGCAGCAGCACUAGGGAAAGUAAAAGGAAAGACAGGCUGCAGUCGCUUGACGUCAAGAUCCAAUGGGAUCCCGAGCGCACGGUGUGGCUGGAUAGUCUCAACUAUCGCAGUAUUCAGAUUGGGAUACCGGCUGGGUUGAUCAAAGAGUAG